CGGCGCUCCGCGCUCUGCGGGGCAAACCUACGAUGCGCCACGGACCUCGCCUACGUCGUUCGGGCGCAGGCCCUGAGGAAUCACAGAGUACUCGCGCGGUUACCACAGGUCAUCACUGCCAUGCGCGACACCACCCCGGCCGCCCUCGGCACCGACAGUCGUCAAAUGCAGGCCAGCGGACGCAGCGAGAUAGGAGGCGCGGCCAGGUUAGGGCACUUCGGGCUCGCAGACAGGGACGUGGAUUGGAUCGCGCACAUGACAGGCCUCGGUAGGCCACCAGAGAGGCAUUGCGACUGGCACUCCUCGCUCCUGGCCGCGGGCGUUGCACUCAACGGCUUCCGUGCUAUGGUAGAGUGGUGGGACAGGCGGAAGGUUGCGACGAUCGGUGAUGCGCUCCGCAUCCUGCGAGAAGAGGCGCAGGUCCUUUCUCACCGCGGCGGCCUGAACGUCCCUGCCCCCCAGGAAUGGGGUUACCUGCGUGCUCGGCUUCAGGGGCACCUGGUUGACCUCGCGGACCCGCGCGGCUGGGCGCGGGCCGACGCCAUUCUGGGGCCGCAAGGGGCAGGCGCGACGCCCCCCCGCGGACCGCGAGGGCCCCCGGCACCCCAGGGGACCCCCCAAGCCCGACACACGGACGCUGACGGCAGCGCCAUCCUGCACACGGGCCACCGCAUCCUCACCGGCUCCAAUGUGCGCAUUUUGCCACGCCCAAUCCCACGCCAGCCUGAAUGGCGCACAGUUUUGACCAUCCACGGCAUUGCUAGCACCCUGGGCCGCAGGGGCCAAGCCGACGAGAGCGCCACCGCUCCACCCGCUGCCUUGCCCGACGAUGGCUCGGUGGACGGCGCCGCGGCGCAAAGGGCACGCGACGUGCUGAGGGGCGUUCCGAGCCCUGGGGCCAACCAGGGCCAGUGGUUUUCGGCAGUGAUGUGGCUCAUCUUGCGCCCCCAUUACCGCUCCCUGCUGCGGCCGCUGCUCGUGCGGAGACGGUUCGACGGGGGGCCCUUCGACGUGGUCGCAAGAUGGCUCAGUCGUGCAGCGGUGCUCUCGCCCGCGCAGCUCGCGAGUGUCGCGACG